UUAGCUCUAAUUAAUAAUAAGCUCACCUCAUAUUCAUCCAACCAUUUUCCUUCCACCUCUUAAUUACAAAAUGAUCACAACAUAUCAAAUUUUCUUAGUUUUCUUAAUUUUCCUUCUGUCUGUUAUGAGAACAGAGGGAAGCUGUUCUUCAACCUGCCUUGGUCUAGCAUCCUAUUACAUACCAGAAGGAUCAAACUUAACUUACAUUAACUACCUUUUCAACCAACAAUCCUCAGAAAUUCAAAAAUACAGUCCAAAUCUUAAAAACAUCGAUGUUAUUCUAACUAAUACAAGAAUAAACGUGCCAUUCACGUGUGAGUGUCUCAACGGUGUGUUCUUAGGACACACUUUCUCGUACACAAUAAUACAUGGUGACACAUACACCUCAAUUGCUAACGUUAUAUAUUCGAAUCUUACAACUGAGGAUUGGGUGACUAGGGUCAAUAGCUAUCCACCUACAGAUAUUCCUGUUAAUGCUAAAAUCAAUGUUACUGUUAAUUGCUCUUGUGGUGUUAGACAAGUGUCAAGAAAAUAUGGGUUGUUUUUGACAUACCCACUUCGGAAAGGUGAAAAUUUGAGUGGUAUUGCGGCGGAGAAUGGUGUUCCGGUGGAUGUUUUGCAGAAGUAUAACCCUGGUUCCAAUUUUAGUGAUGGACAUGGUCUUGUUUUUGUGCCGGCUAGAGAUGAAAAUGGAAAAUUUCCACCACUGCACCUCAGAUCAGGAAUGUCCAAAGGAGGCAUUGCUGGCAUAGUUGUUGGAGGAGCUUUUGUGAUCUUACUUUUGGCAAUCAUUCUAUAUAUUAUGUUAUAUAGAAGAAGAAAAGUGGCUGAAGUAACCCUUCUGCCAGUCCCUGGAGCAUCUGAAGAUCAAUAUAGUCAACUCCAACAUGGUUGUGGAAGCAGCAUAGAUAAAGCAUCAGAAUCUACUACUAUUGCUUCUCCAAGGUUGACAGGUAUUACAGUUGACAAGUCAGUUGAGUUCUCAUAUGAGGAGUUAGCUAAAGCUACCGAUGGCUUUAGCGAAGCUAAAAUAAUCGGUCGGGGUGGAUUUGGAUCUGUAUACUAUGCCGAGCUUCGAAACGAGAAAGCUGCAAUUAAAAAGAUGGAUAUGCAAGCAUCAAAAGAAUUCUUAGCUGAACUAAAGGUUCUCACACAUGUCCAUCACUUAAACUUGGUGCGGCUAAUUGGAUAUUGUGUUGAAGGCUCUUUAUUUUUGGUUUAUGAGUACAUUGAGAAUGGAAAUUUAAGUCAACAUUUGCGCGGCACAGAGAAGGAUCCAUUAUCAUGGCCUGCUAGAGUUCAAAUUGCCUUAGACUCAGCAAGAGGAUUGGAAUACAUUCAUGAGCAUACAGUUCCUGUCUACAUUCAUCGAGAUGUUAAAUCAGCAAACAUUUUGAUCGACAAAAACUUCCGUGGAAAGGUUGCAGAUUUUGGUUUGACAAAAUUGACCGAAUACGGUAGCUCCUCGUUACAAACGCGCCUUGUUGGGACAUUUGGUUAUAUGCCUCCCGAAUAUGCACAAUAUGGCGAAGUUUCUCCCAAAAUAGAUGUUUAUGCAUUUGGAGUUGUUCUGUUUGAGCUUAUAUCUGGCAAACAUGCUAUUGUGAAGACCAAUGAGCCAGAGAGUGAAUCAAAAGGACUAGUUGCACUGUUUGAAGAAGUUCUUGUUCUGCCAGACCCAAAAGAAGAUCUUGGUAAAUUUGUUGACACUAGGCUUGGUGAAAAUUACCCUAUUGACUCAGUAUUUAAGAUGUGUCAACUUGCCAAAGCAUGCACACAUGAAAAUGCUCAACUUAGGCCAAGCAUGAGAUCAAUUGUAGUUGCUUUAAUGACACUUUCAUCAGCAGCUGAGGAUUGGGAUGUUGGCUCUUUCUAUGAAAACCAAGCAUUAGUGCAUUUAAUGUCUGGAAGGUAGCAUAGAACCUAGCUACUAUAGGUUCCUCCUCUGCUUCAACCAAAUUCCUCUUUCAAGAUACAAUCCCAGUUUUCUCAACAUUUCCAUUCAUGGAUCUUUCAUGUUUCAACUGUGAAUUUGUAAAUAAAAACAAUCAUUUUUUUGACAAAAAAAAACAUAUACUUUCUUUUUUGUUCUCCUUAGGUUUUAUCUCUAGUAAAGAUAAUCCUAUUUGAGGGAGAGAAAAAAAGAUAAUCAUAUUUAAGAUAUUAUCGAAAACUAAAUACGAACAACUCUUUCAGAUAGGAGUUGAAUCUUGAAUCGC